AUGAGCGAGGAGGUACAAGGAAAGGUCCUUGCAGCUAUAGGGAAAGCCCGCCUCCUCAUUACGCAAAAGGUCGAACAGUUUAGAGGUCUGUGUCAACAAAAUAUUGAUGGGCCCAAAGAUGAAGAACCCACUAUAUUAGCUGCAGAUCUAGAAGGCUUUUGGGACAUGGUGUCCAUCCAGGUGGAAAAUGUACACCACCUAUUCAAAGAGAUCAGUGUUCUUAAAACUAAUGGAUGGAAAGAGGACCUAAUUACACGGACAAUUAAUAAUGUCACCAAAGGCCACGAGAAGAAGAAGAAACCAGUGACAGUUAUGAAAAAGGCUAUGAAGAGUUCCUCUCAGGACAAAACAAAAGUCGAGAGAUGA